GUGUGUGUGUGUGUGUGCCAGAUGCCUGGAGUGUGUGUAUCGUGUGUGUACGGAGUAGGGGUGGUGCUGGUGUUGUGGGCGGGGCAAGUGGAAGUCUACCGGGCGCGUUACCCUGACGACGACACUGAGGAACACAGAGGCUAUCGGGAUAGCAGGGGUGCUGAGUGCCGCCGCUGUUGUGACCCGGGAGAGGAGCCCCCCCACCACGGACCCCCCCAGAACCUCCGAGUGGUACCCCAAAUAAACAUCACUAUCCUGAAAGGUGAGAAAGGUGAUAGCGGUGAGCGCGGGCCCUUCGGUAAAGCAGGCAAAGCGGGUCACAGUGGCCCCCCUGGAGCCCCCGGCCUAAAAGGUGUGAAGGGGGGCGUGGGACCGCAGGGGGAGGCCUGCAAGUCGUAUUACGCAGCCUUCUCAGUCGGACGCAAGAAAGCUCUACACUCCAACGAAUACUAUCAGACGCUGGUGUUCGAUACCGAGCUGGUUAACCUCUAUAACCACUUCAACAUGUUCACGGGGAAGUUCUUCUGCUACAUUCCAGGAGUCUACUACUUCAACCUCAACAUACACACUUGGAAUCAGAAAGAGACGUAUCUGCAUGUUAUGAGGAAUGAGCAGGAGAUGGCCAUUCUCUACGCGCAGCCCAGCGACCGCUCCAUCAUGCAGAGUCAAAGCAUCAUGCUGGAACUCAAUAGGGAUGACCAGGUCUGGGUACGCUUAUUUAAAGGCGAGAGGGAGAACGCCGUUUUCAGCGAUGACUUUGACACCUACAUCACCUUCAAUGGUCACCUGAUCAAGGCCCAGAGCGAAGGAUAGGAUUGGCUGUCGCCAUGGAUAUGCCCCGCCCCUCAACAACGACACAGCCAAUGGGAACACAGGCCUCACUGCCAGUAGCCAAUCAUUACACACACUCACACACACACACACACACACACAUAC